AUGAUUCCGAACGAACAUUCCAAGGAAUAUCAGUCGGCUACUACAACUUAUUCGAAAUGCACUCGACUUCGAACUCCAUACUCACCUUACGUCACUGGUUUUGAUCAAAUUUACAAUCAGUCUUAUCAAGGAGAAGGAACUUUAACGAAUCCGUAUGCGGUUGACUGGCUGUCAGAUGAUCCUGAAAAUCCUCAAACUUGGAAUACAAUUUACAAGUGUUUCUUAACUGCCUUCGUUUCUAUUACUGCUAUGGGCGUCACGUUUUGUUCGUCUAUAUUCAUUAGUGAAUACAAUACUCUCAAAAAAGAAUUUCAACCAUCUCAAGAGGUUCUAACUCUUGGAAUCUCGCUCUUUGUUGUCGGUUUUGCUCUAGGUCCACUUCUUUGGGCCUCGCUUUCUGAAAUGUUCGGUCGACGUAUCAUUUUUAUUAUCACAUAUGUGGCUCUGACUGUUUUCAAUGCUAGUACGGCUGCUUCACGUAACAUUUGGACUAUUCUCAUUCUCCGUUUCUUUGCUGGUGCUUUUGGUUCCUCACCACUUGCUAACAAAAAUAACUCUAAUAUACAUUUACAGGCAGGAGGAACAAUUGCUGAUCUAUUCUCUGUUCGCCAUCGUGGUACGGCCUUAACAUUUUAUGCGGCUAUGCCUUUCUUGGGUCCUAUUCUUGGACCUAUUGUUGGCGGCUAUGCUAGUUCUGCGAUUGAUUGGAGAUGGAUACAAGGACUUAUGGCUAUUUUCACUGGUAUACUUGCACUGAUAGGAAUUGUGUUCCUUUCGGAAACCUACGCACCCUUUCUUCUUCGUUUGCGAGCUGAGAAAUUAUCUCGUAUGACAGGAUUAGUAUACCGCUCGAAGUUUGAAGUGAAGAAUCAAGUCAUUUUUCGUCGUCUACUAAAGAUAUCUCUUUCUCGGCCUUGGAUAUUUCUUAUUCGUGAGCCAAUAGUCUCUCUCCUCUCUUUGUACAUGGCCUUAAUUUAUGGUAUUCUCUACAUGUUUGUUAGCGCAUUUCCAAUAGUAUACGGUGAAGAAAGAGGAUGGACAUCUGGUAGUGUCGGUCUUUCAUUUCUUGGUAUGGCAAUCGGUGUUAUUGUAGCUGUAGUGUACUGUAUUUUGGAUAAUCGCCGAUAUAUCAAACUAUCACAAGCUAAUGUAAGUCACCAAGUACCACCUGAAACUCGUCUUCCUCCAGCAAUUGUUGGUGCCGUUGCUCUGCCUGUUAGUUUGUUCUGGUUCGCCUGGACCAACUAUCCGUCGAUGCAUUUCAUUAUUUCGACUUCGGCAUGUGUACCUUUUGGUUUUGGAAUAGUAUUAGUGUUUGUAGCUAUAAUUAAUUAUUUGGUAGAUUCAUAUAUGAUUUAUNGCGAGUAA